UGUGAAGGACCAACUCCCGAUCUCCCUUCAAGAAUGGAAAGAACCACCAAAGAAAUGUCAAGAUCUUACUUUUGUCGACGACAGAGCAAAAACUCCGCUUUGGGAAAAACUCAUGGAACAUUUCAACCUACUAGAUCAUUUCACAGCUACAGAUAUGGAGAAAGUCAAGGACGCUGCUCUUAGAAGAUGGCAAUUGCAUUCAACAACCACAAGAAAACAGCAUGGGCCAACUACGUCAAAGGAGGAAAGAAGACUCCAGAAUUCAAGGAAACACUAGAGAAGCAAAGAGAACACUAGCCCGCUUUUGUGAAAUUCGAGGAAUCAGAAUUAUCUAAGGAACGGUCCAGAAAAAACAAGGCCAAUGCCGCAGAAAAGGAGCAGUUCCAUAGGCUGGGGCCAGGUGGCUACGCGGUGGCAAUGCCUAAGUGGGAUAAGUCUGAGCAAGAGAUGCAGGCUGCACAGGUCACUCCAGGUCCAUGGAAAGAAAAGUUGUAUUAUUUUCGACCCAAGGCCCUGAAGCAGGCGCCGAGGACUGAAGUUUGUGCAUACUACGUUUACGAGAACAUUCGCAUGAUGGCAUCCGAAAGAACCAAAUCUGAUAGACAACUAUGGUUCAAUGUGGUGCGGGAGACGCUCCUACCAAAGGAGCGCAUACGAGCACUUCAAGAGGAAAUAGCGGGAUUUUUGCUCGACCAGGUCAUAGAUCCCAAAGGAGAAUACUAUUACCCGCUACCGCCCCUAUGAACCACUCCC